GCGCAAUUGCAAUUGCCAGAAGAGAAUUUGUCGACAACACCCCCCCGCCAUUGCAUUUGCCGCUGGAGGUAAUAAGUGCCAAUGUGCAGUAUGGACUGAGGGUGAUACUGCGUCUUGAACGCAUGAAAGGUGCAGUUGCUGGUUGAGAUCGGCUGAGCCUUCCCCUUGAAGGAAUUGAACGUCCUGUAUGAGUGAAUGGAGGGGUGGGAAGGGAAAGAAGGGAGCAGGGAGAUGAGAGUAGCGCCGAUGAGGAAGGGUGUGGUUGAGGAUAUUAGAUAUCGCCGGGAUUGAGGCAAUCAGGAUCAGGAGACACACUUGCUAGAUGGGCGAUUGCAUGUAGAGAACAACUAAUAGACUCUUGCUGUUGCAAGGAUGGAACUUCGUGUAUGAGGUGGAUGGAGGGAUGGAAAGAGGAAGGAGGGAGUAGGGAGGUGAGAGUAGGUGAGAGUAGUGCCGAUGAAGAAGACAGUGGCUUAGGAGAUUAGUUAUCACUUUUAUUGACAUCAGCAGAAUUACCAGAUCCACUAGUGGUUGAGGGGAUUAGAUUGGCAAUUGCAUGUAGAGAACUAAGUGAGUCUACAAAACUCAGGAAGGAGCAGAUUGAUAGAAAGGUAGGGGGCAGAAAGGGGGGGGGGGGGGGGGGGGGGGGGGGGGGGGGGGGGUAGAUAGGUAUGGGGGCACUUUGCUUCCGAGUGCGAAAAGAACGUCCUUCCACGGUGACAACCAAAUUGAACGGCCGGUCAUCACCUUGGCUGUCUCGACAUGCUGAGGGCGAAAUCGAGGAUGAUGAAGAAAUGCAUGGAUUGGACAGGAGGAGAGAAAGAGGUGGUGGGGGACACAGUGGGGGUUCCAGCAGGCCAGGCAAAGGCAGGGGAGGAGGGAUUGGUGGUGGGGUUGUGGGACAAGCAGUGUCUGCUGUUGGAGGAAACUUGAUGCGGGUAAGCUCUAUUGGGUCUCGCAAAGCCAAGCAAGCUUUCGAUGCUUUGGGACGAGGUGGAAGCGGGUUGAGUUUCUCCACCAGCUUUACUUCCGCCAAGCGGAAUAGCAUUAAGAUUGGAAUUCUGGCUUUUGAGGUGGCAAACGUUGUUGUAAAGGCAAUGAAUCUGCGACAAUCGAUCUCAGAAAGUGAUGUGCAGCUCUUGGAGGAAAUCAUAUCAUCGCAUGGUGUGCGCCAGCUGGUAUCUCAUAAUCGGGAGAUUCUUUGGCGCAUUGCUGCUGCGGACAAGAAGGCGGAGCUUGAUAUGUUUUGCCAGGAGGUUGUGCGAUUAGGAAAGCAGUGUGAUGAUCCCGCCUUCCAUUGGCUGGAACGGAACUUCCAAAGUGUGGAGACAGGCGUCGGGCGGACUCCGGAGCCUCAGUUGGCGCCAGAGGAGCUGGAAACGCAAAGCAACCUGUUGGAGGACUUAGUGGCCGCAACUGCUGAUUUGUACCAUGAGCUACAUGCCUUGGAGACGCUUGAGGGGGCCUUCAAGAGAAGACAGCAGGAGGAGGAGUUUUUCCCAGGUUCGCAGAAGGAGAAUCUUCCAGGGCUUCGGCGGGAGUUAAAACAACAAGAGCGUUCCGUAAGAGCUCUGAAAAGGUCGUCUCUGUGGUGCAAAAGGCUGGAGUGGGUGGUGGAGCUCCUUGUAGAAACUGUCUAUAGUUUAAACAAACAGAUUGUGGAGGUGUUUGGCAGUGAAGUUUUGGAAAGCGUGAGAGAGAAAGGAUACCCUGGUGCAGCCGACGGGCCACGUCUCGGACCCGCUGGUCUGGCUCUGCAUUACUCCAACAUCAUCAUCACCAUUGACAACAUGGUCGCAAGACCCGCUUCUGUAGGCACGUCUGCUCGUGAUAAUCUCUAUCAGAUGUUACCGACAACUGUAAAGAGUGCAUUGCGAGCGAAACUUUUGAAAUCUUCUCACCUCAAGGAUGAAAGUGUUGCCGGUAUAAAGAUGCUAAUGGACAAUAAGCUCGAGUGGCUUCUGGCUAUGGCUAGCAACAUGAUCCGGUACUCAUCGGAGAGAAGGCUACAAGGACACACUGAGGUUAUACUCCUUCAGACUCUGCAUCAUGCAAAACAGAAGGAGACCGAAGCAGUCAUUCUGGAACUCAUCUUGGAGCUACACCACCUUGUCAGCAAGACAAAGAACCUGACCAACAACUACGCAGGUAGGUACCAACUGCCCCGCCGAGGGCAAACAGCGUGGGAUUCUCGGUCACCACUCCCUGGCAUGCAAGCGAACUUUCAGGGGCUGGCGAUGAGAAACGGACCACUGGGCGUUGGGUAUGGGACAGGAAGGGAGCCGGGUUUCGAGAGGAUUCCCCAAGGAGAGGAGGAGGACAUCGCAGCUGUGGAAGAUGGUAUUGGUCACAACGAUGUCAAGGAGGAACAAGAGGUGGAGCGGGAGGAAGAAAGGCUCGGGACGCGUUCACCCUUAUCGAAGCUACACUUUCGAAAUAAUGGUUUGCCUUCCUUUCAAAUGGACCAUGAUGAGCACUUUCCAUCUUCGCCAGUCCUCGCGUCACCGUCCGCGAUAUUGCUCUCCCCUGAAAUAUCUGCUGUGCGAACUCACAAAAGAAUAUUGAUGCGGCGCACUGGAUCAAGAAGUGCUGGAUCUCUUGAUUCCUUCCCCCUCUCCCCUGUAGUGGCCAGUCCAGCAGGUCCAUCCACAGUUCCAGGCUCGCCACCAUUGUCCCCAUCCAAUGUUCCCCUUGAGGUGCACUCCAGAAAGAAGGAGGCAGAGUCACUGGAUGGAAGUGAUGCUGCCUCAGAUGGCUUCCAGUCUUUUGACAUGCCGUUAUCGCCUCCCCAGCGCCCCACCACUUCCGUGCGAUCCAGUCGACCCCUUUUUCGUGGUCCUCCCGAUGCAGCCUCUCCUGACCAUAGCGAAGGAGAGCCCAACAACCCAUCAAAUGCUCCUUACGCAAUCUCGACUAAGACGAUCGAUGGGAGGGGAGGGCAACCCAGGUUGUUGCAAGGAGAUAACAAUCAUCAUAACGCUGUCAACAGCGAUGACGAUUCCAAGUUUGAGGAGGAGGAGGAGGAGGAGGAGGAAGUUGUGCAGAAUGUGGUAACAGAUACCAAUGGUAAAGAGGGAGAGGGGGAAGAAGAAGAGGAGGAGGAGGAGGAGGAGGAGGAGGAGGAAGGGGGGAAGGGGAAGGAUGAGAGGGCUGGAUUGAGAAGGUAUGAGAAUCAAGUUGGAAAGACACCAACGGUAAGCACUCGUGGGGGUGCAGCAGGAGGAGGAGGAGGAGGAGGAGGAGGAGGAGUUCAUUACAUGGGGAGGAAUACAAAUGCAGAGGAGACAAAUUCCACUUGUAUAAUGGUAGAUGGAAGAUCAAGUGAUGUAACUGCUCGAACCAAGGAGAUAAGAACGGGGGGAGGCAGAGGUGAUAAGAUAACAGCAAAUGGAGAAUGGGGUGUGAAAGGAGCGGGGAACGAAGUCCAGGAGAGGGCAGCAGCGGGAGAAAGGGGAGAUGAUUUGUCGACUAGCGUGGAAAUGAGUGAUGGAAGCAUGAGAUCCAUCGACCUGGAGGCAGAUGACGAUCAAAGGGCCAUUGGACUGGAAGAUUGUGGAGGUCAUAGGGUACAUGGCAUCAGCACUCCCUUGAAAAGGAAUGCGUCAAUGGGGGCUCUCUAUCCAAAGGACAGCAUUCAUAGAUGAUGAGUGACUGUGGGGAGUUCACGACCAGAAUAUACAGGAGAGAGAGAGAGAGAGAGAGAGAGAGAGAGAGAGAGAGAGAGAGAGAGAGAGAGAGAGAGAGAGAGAGAGAGAGAGAGAGAGAGAGAGNAGAGAGAGAGAGAGAGAGAGAGAGAGAGAGAGAGAGAGAGAGAGAGAGAGAGAGAGAGAGAGAGAGAUGAUGGAUCUGUCUAGUCAAUACAGUGUUGGGUCCUCGGUGUGGUAUUAACCAGACACCAGAGAAGUAAAAGGUCUUCUGCCCUCCCUUUUGAUUUUUACUUUCCCAGCAGAUUGACCCUGUUGGGGAGAAAUCUAUUGCUUUGACAAAUAUAGCAUUAAUCUGGUAGUUUCCAGGCCGAUAAGUAUAGUUCCCAGGGCAGGAACAGCUAUAUAUAGGAUAAUAGGAAUCGAGCUAACCUCUUUUGGCAUGGAUCUGGACUAGAUUAGAUGGAAAGGGGGUUGGUGCUUACAUUACUGCAUGGGUGCAGGGGAUUGUGUCAUAUUGUGCAAGACCGAUGUAGACAAGCAGGCGAGAUGUGAGUGGAGUCGAGGCGAGGAUGCGGGAACAUGGUAUGGGUGUAGGCAGUUCAAGGAGAAAGAAGUGCAGAGGACAAGAAGAGAAGGGAUAAUAAGAGAAGAGAGAGGUAAAUGGUAUGAGGAUAGGUGUCGGGAAGGAUAGGACAAAGGAAUGGAGCAUGAAAAGAACGGAGGCAGAAAGUGCAAGCAACACAUUGAGGGGGCAGUAAGGGAGAUGAGAGGUGGAAAAUGUGUGCAAUAGGAGGGAGAGGAAAAAGGGUGGCUUGGUGGCGGAUAGGGACGAAAAUGGCAGAGGCGAAGUCAAGAAGCAAGAAGAAAGAGCGUGGCAUGUGAAUGGAGGCAAUCAACGUGGGCAGGAGGGGAGCAAAGGUUUGCAGUCAGAUGGCGGAGAGGGGGGUGAUUGAUCCCGCCCCCGAGCCCAAAGUGGUAUUGAGAUUUUCUUUCUCCAACUUCCUUGCCAUCCUAUCUGUCACUUUGGCAAUACACCUGACAUGCAAGCCAUGCUGCCCUGGUCGGUGACAUGUUUUGACUCUUUUGACUCUUGAGUUAUUUAUCGCAUGUGCGAGUAUAGUCAGGUAUACACGCCGGAGUCGAACAGUGAGGUAUACACCCGAGCCUGCAGACUUUGCACUAUGCAGCAAGCUUUGCCGAAUCGCCCACGGCAGUCCUUUUUUUUCUUUUUUGGCUGGCGCUGCCAGCCAUUGUUGUCCAGUAGCCCCGAGCCUCGGAAAUUAGGAGUGAGCCCCAAGGCUCAGAAAUUUUAGGAGUGAGCCACUCGUUUUUUCAAGUUGCCUGGGGCCUUGUACUGGUCGUUCGGACAGAGUCGACAGGACAGACUAGGUUCAUAUACAUUGUAUAGCCUAAGCCGUGUGCAAGCGAUUUCCUGAUUUGAUCUGAGGUUGAACUUUGAAUUUCAAAGGUCGAACUUCAAACGCGCGUUCAGUUCUAUAUUUGACAAGCGAGCGAUGUGGUUUUCCAUCCACGGUUCUUCUUGCCGCUGGGAACCUGGCAAAUGAUGCGAAAAGCGAAAGCAAAAGUUCAGCGAAACAGAAAAAGGAAAUGUCUCGUGAUGAGGGAAAGUGAAUGACGUCCGUGUUAUCUCGCAUUCUCCAUCCGGCUGUUUCUUCCACCUCAAAACUGGUCCGUCGAUAUCUGUCUGGAAAUGGGUUCGUAACUUUGAAUUCGUCUUCGUCUUUCGCGCAGGGACACAUACUGACGCGCGUGCUAAUGGGAAAGUCGAAGCAAGGUAAACUCUGACAAGCUUUUGAGUUUUGCCAGAUUUUGAAAGGCUUCCAUGCCCUGCUCUUGUGGGCGGAGGUGGGAAAAGUGGAUAUGAUCGUUGGACAGAAAUCUUGCCUGACAGCAUGCUUUACUCCUUAGAGUAGUCUUAGAGUCUUAGACAG